AUUUGCAUGAAAUGAAAUUUUUAUUUAUUGGUGGUGUUUUUUCGAGCAGCACACGAUUGUGUUGCAGUUUGUGAAAUAACAUAUUUUGCAUAAAAUUUUUUACAUAAAUUUAGUUUUUUAUAUUUUAUUACAAUAUUUACAAAAAUGUCUAACAAAGCUAAUAAGCUGGAUCCAAUACAAGUUGCAGAUGAGGGUUUGAAUAAGGCAGUUUCUAAGAUGACCACAUUCUCAGGAAAGAAGGAAGUUAAAUUUAAUAGUCAAAUCGAAAUCGCUCGUAGUAAACGUUUUGAUUUGUUAUUGAAACAAACUGAAAUCUUUACGCGCUCUAUGACUAAUAGUACAAAUAGUCCAACUAGAGGACGACAUAAAAAAGAUAAAGAUAAAGAGAACAAAGAUAAAGGUGACAGUUCAGCUCAUCAGAAUCGCAAAACUUCUCAAGAAAAUGAAGACUUGCUUGCUGAAGACACACAAUCUACAGAAAUUUAUCAGUUCAAAAGCUCUCCAAAUUAUAUUAAAAACGGUGAACUACGAGACUAUCAAGUUCGUGGUCUGAAUUGGAUGAUUUCUUUAUAUGAAAAUGGCAUCAACGGCAUUCUGGCUGAUGAAAUGGGUUUGGGUAAGACCCUACAAACAAUUUCUCUUUUGGGUUAUUUAAAGCAUUUCAAAAAUCAAGGCAAUCCACAUAUUGUGGUUGUGCCUAAAUCAACGUUGCAAAAUUGGGUAAAUGAGUUUAAAAAAUGGUGUCCAUCUCUACGUGCUGUUUGUCUUAUUGGUGAACAAGGUGCACGUAAAAAAUUUAUUCGUGAUGUACUCUUGCCAGGUGAUUGGGACGUAUGCGUUACUUCGUAUGAAAUGUGUAUUCGAGAAAAAUCUGUUUUUAAAAAGUUUAACUGGCGAUAUAUGGUUAUUGAUGAAGCUCAUCGUAUUAAAAAUGAAAAGUCCAAAUUGUCCGAAAUUUUACGUGAGUUUAAAUCAGCUAAUCGAUUAUUCCUUACGGGUACACCAUUGCAAAAUAACUUACACGAGUUAUGGGCAUUGCUAAAUUUUCUACUACCCGAUGUGUUCAAUUCAUCUGAAGAUUUUGAUGAAUGGUUUAACACAAAUACCUGUCUGGGUGAUGAUGCACUUGUACAGCGUUUACGUGCUGUUUUGAAACCGAUUUUGCUACGACGUUUAAAGUCGGACGUAGAAAAGCAGCUAAAACCUAAAAAUGAAAUUAAAAUUUUUGUAGGAUUAUCGAAGAUGCAGCGUGAGUGGUACAAAAAAAUAUUGUUGAAAGACAUUGAUAUUAUUACUGGCGCUGGUAAGGUUGAAAAAAUGCGUUUAGAAAAUAUUUUGAUGCAAUUGCGUAAAUGUACAAAUCACCCAUAUCUGUUCGAUGGUGCUGAACCGGGCCCACCAUAUACCACAGAUACUCAUUUAAUUUUUAAUUCCGCUAAAAUGGUUAUUCUGGAUAAAUUAUUACCAAAACUUCAAGCUCAAGGUUCCAGAGUGCUGAUUUUUUCACAAAUGACACGUAUGCUGGACAUUCUAGAAGAUUAUUGUUUGUGGCAUAAUUAUCAAUAUUGUCGACUUGAUGGUAAAACUCCACACGAAGAUCGAAAUAGACAAAUUCAAGAAUAUAAUAUGGAAAACAGUAUCAAAUUUAUUUUCAUGUUGUCUACACGUGCUGGUGGUUUGGGUAUUAAUUUAGCCACUGCCGAUGUUGUCAUCAUUUAUGACUCUGAUUGGAAUCCUCAAAUGGAUUUGCAAGCUAUGGAUCGCGCACAUCGUAUUGGCCAAAAGAAGCAAGUACGUGUGUUUAGGUUCAUAACAGAAAACACCGUGGAAGAAAAAAUUGUUGAGCGUGCUGAAGUUAAAUUGCGUCUAGACAAAAUGGUAUUGCAGCAGGGUCGCUUAGUUGACAAUUGCACAAAUAAACUAAAUAAAGAUGAAAUGUUAAAUAUUAUACGUUUUGGUGCCAAUCAAGUGUUUGCUUCGAAGGACUCUGAAUUAACUGAGGUUAAUAUAGAUGAAGUUUUAGAACGCGGUUUAUCUAAAACAACUGAGAAAAACAACAAUUCCAAUCAGUUGAGUGAAAAUAAUUUGUCUUCAUUUCAAAUUGAUAACCUUGAUAACAUUGAAAAUGAAGCAAAUUUGAUAAAUCUUAAAAGAUUCAAUGACGAACAAUUUGAUAUUGAAAAUAAGAAACGUAAGCGUAGGAAAUUGAACAGAAUAUAAAUAAAAUUUUUG